AAUAGGUAAAUAAGGUUUGCCGUACUAGUCUUCUUUGGAGGAAAACAUUGAGUUCUUCUCAAUCCCAAUGCUGCUAACACGAUGUCUUCUAUAGAAUCCACCAGUCGUGGCUCACUUGUAGCUUUACCAGAUCCUGUUACUUUCCAUCGAAGACGAAUCUGUGCUUCGGUUGGUGGAGCUGGCGGAAAGAAAAGACAUCCAUUGAAGGCGAUUUUAGCGGGUGGCAUUGCUGGUGGCCUGGAGAUCUGUUGUACAUUUCCAACUGAGUAUGUUAAGACACAGCUUCAGCUUGAUGAAAAGGCAGCAAAACCUAUUUACCGUGGGCCUAUUGACUGUGUGAAGAAGACAGUUAAAGGCCAUGGUGUUCUAGGAUUGUAUAGAGGACUGAGCUCCCUGCUGUAUGGUUCAGUUCCAAAGGCAUCAGUUAGGUUUGCUGUGUUUGAAUAUUUAAAAAAUAAGAUGGCUGACGAGAAUGGAAAGCUAACACAAUUCCAGACACUUGCAUCAGGCCUAGGCGCUGGAGUGUCCGAGGCUGUUGUUGUAGUUUGUCCAAUGGAAACCAUCAAGGUCAAGUUCAUUCACGACCAGACCCAGCCAAACCCUAAAUACAAGGGUUUUUUUAGUGGAGUUAGAACAAUUCUUAAAACAGAAGGUUUCUUUGGUGUCUACAAAGGCUUAACAGCCACUGUAAUCAAGCAGGGCUCCAACCAAAUGAUCAGAUUCUUUGUCUAUUCCAAUCUGAAGUCCUGGUUACAAGGUGGAGAUUCCUCCAAGGAUAUUGGUGCCGUUAAAACUUUCCUCAUUGGUGGAGUGGCAGGAGCUGCAAGUGUUUUUGGCAACACUCCAGUUGACGUGGUCAAAACAAGAAUGCAGGGGUUAGAGGCUCACAAGUACAAAAACACACUUGACUGCACAAUUAGGAUAGCAAAGCAUGAAGGCUUCAAAGCAUUCUACAAAGGCACAGUUCCAAGACUUGGCCGGGUUUGCUUUGAUGUAGCUUUCGUGUUCACUUUGUAUGAGAAUGUUAUGAAGCUUCUUGACUAUGUGUGGGUAACAGAUUAGUGACAGAGAAAUCAGACAAAAAAUGAUUCAAUAGGGUAUAGUUAAUGGGAUAGGUGGAAAGAAGCCCAGGUUAAACAAUAAGCUCCAUCGCCAAUCUAUUCUUUAUCUUCAAAAUUAACUACAGUUAGUAUUGGCGCCAGCAGAGGUGUGGCCGGGGGAGGGGGAUGGUAUACAUCAAUUGCAAUUCCCUUGUAAAUGCAAAAUGGGCGUUGCACAGUUUGUUAGCUUAGAUUACUUGCAAUAAGUUAACUAGGACACUAUUAUUUUAUAGGACAUAAUAUCAUUUCACUGUAUGUAAUAAAAUGCUGUCAAAGUA